AUGGCGUUCGCGAACGGGGCGGACGCUCCUGGGGAGGCAAAGAAAGUGAAUGUCAAACCAGACGAAAACACAGAUCUCCCAGUCCCUGAAACUCAGAACGGAAACGCCAAAGGCGGGUGCGUUCGGCGAAUUGCGCAUGUGGCGCGUGACGCGUCUAGGCGACUGCAGACGAGCACCCUAGAGGAAAGAAACGCGGCUUUGCAGGCGUACAAGGCGGGCCUGAUUCACUUCCGCGACGACAUCGAAGCCGCAAAUCGGCGCGACCUCGAAGCAGCCGAAACGGCGAUCGCGACGGGAGAGCUGUCGGCUUCGGUGUCUCAGCGUUUGAACUGUCGAGGGAAGAAAUUCGACGCGCUGCUGAACGGUCUCGACGCGCUGAUUGCCAAGGCUGACCCUCUCGGGGUUUGCGACUUGGCGACGGAGUUGGGGAGCGGCCUGGAGCUGUUUCGCGUGUCGUGCCCGAUCGGCGUUCUCGCCGUCAUUUACGAGGCUCGGCCUGAGGCAGCCGUGCAAGUGGCGAGUCUGGCGUUGAAGACGGGAAAUGCGCUCCUGUUGAAGGGAGGAAAGGAGGCGAAGGAGACGAACCGGGCUGUGUUCAAUGCCCUGCAGUGGGGGUUGGAGAACGCGGCGAUUCCGGCGAUCUCGAAGGAGGUUCUCCAGUUGAUCGAGGCCCGCGAAGAAGUGACGGCGCUGCUGCAGCUGGACGACGAGGUUGAUCUCCUCAUUCCGCGAGGCUCCAAGAGUCUGGUGAAGUACAUCAAGGACAACACGCGGAUCCCAGUCCUCGGGCAUGCAGACGGAAUCUGUCACAUCUACGUCGACGACGCGGCCGCGCUCGACAAGGCGGCGAAGAUCGUCGCGGAUGCGAAACUGCAGUACGUAGCUGCAUGCAACACCGUCGAGUCGCUGUUGCUUCACCGUUUGAUUCUGCCCACGUUCCUCCCGUCACUCAUCUCUGCGUUGGCGCCCCGCGGCGUCACGUUCAAAGUCGACUCUGUGGCAUUCGCGUAUCUCGAGACGCACGCUGCGCAUGCACUUGCGACACAGGCUGUAGCGCUCGCCUCUGAACAGGAUUUUUGCACCGAGUGGCUCAGUCCGGUUCUGUCGGUGAAAACGGUCGAGUCGCUCGAAGAGGCGAUUGCACACAUCAACAGUCACGGAUCCCACCACACAGACUGCAUCGUCACAGAAAACAAAGCGCACGCUCAGCAGUUCAUGAGAGGUGUCGACUCCGCGGGAUGCUACUGCAACUGCUCGACUCGAUUCGCCGACGGCUACCGAUACGGCUUUGGAGCAGAAGUCGGCGUUUCGACAAACAGAAUCCACGCGCGAGGGCCGGUCGGGCUGGAAGGCCUUGUCACUUACAAAUACUGUCUCUACGGGGACGGGCACACGGUGGGGGACUUUGAGGAGGGGCGAGCGCAGUACACACACAGAGCACUCGACGCCGACAGGGCACGGCUCGACGGCCGGCGAGGAGGCUGA